AUGUAGAGAGUCAUCUUACAAUAUGCAUUUAAAAUCAUAGAUGGCCUUUUUGUUGGAAACCUUCGUGCUCCAUUAGUAAAUAUAAUAUUUUAUAUUGAUGAGGAAAGAGAUUUUUUGUAAAUGAAUAAAAUUAAUAACAUCAUUAAUUGUGCUGCAUCUGAACUUACAUAUAAUGGCAAUGGAAACACUCUCUGUUUUUAUUGGAGAGAUGUUGAUGACCAAGUAAAAAAACAAAUACAUUUAGAAAAUUGUUUCAAUUGAAAAUAUAGAAAAAAUUCAUAAUUUUAUUGAAACAGCCAUCAAUAAUGGGGAGGGUGUAUUAUUUUUUUCACUUAGAGGAUAGAGUAGAGCUUUAACAGCCUUAACAGCGUAUUUAAUGUACAAGUAACUUUUCUUACUGAAUUAUUUUUAAGAUUUAGUUGGAGCUUAUAUAAAACACUAUAAUUUUUAAAUUCAAGAAGGAAAGACUUUGAAAUUAGAGCAGCAUUCUUAAAAUAAUUAAUGAAUUUUGAAACUGAAUACUUCAAAAACAAAGAAAUAAGUAGACAUUGGGAUUAUAAUAAAGAAAAUUAAGAAAUUUAGGUUAUUUAAAAUACCUAUUUAAAUUCUUUAUAAUAAGCACCUUUAUUGGUAAAAACACUUGGGAGUUUGUCAAUUCAAACUGGAUAAAAAUUAAAUGUAACCUGGUCUAUUAACUUAAUAUAAUAAAUAUAAACAAUUUAAAAUACGUAAGAAAAAUAGUAAAAAACAGAAUUGAAAUCUAUUUUAAAAGGUUCUACUCUAAAUUUUAAGAAAGAUAAAUAAUUUAGAUCUAUUUCAGUAAAUGAUAAUUCAAAAUAAAAUUUCGAAGAUUUCAUUUUAGAAACUUUAUUAACCACAAAAAAGUUACAAACACCUAAAAUUAAUUGUUUAAGUUUUGAAAACAAAGCGAAAAAAAAGGAUUUUUUAGUUAUGAAUACAUCUUAACAAAGGCCUAAAUCAAAAAGAAAAUAGAAUUUUACUCCAGAGAGAUAAAGAACAAUAUAGAACAAUAACUCAAUUUUGGACACUUAUUUAAAUUCAUAAUUAAAUAAUUUAAAAUUAAUGAAGGGUAGAUCUAUUUACACUCCUAAAAGAGAAAGAGUAAGAGCAAUUUCUUAAUAGAAUUCAAGUCCUAAUAAAACUCCAAUUCAAUAAAUAUAACCUUUUUUAAUUGAGAAUCAAAAUAUGAGAUGGAAUAUUGUGAAAAAGUAACCUCAAUUCAAAAUUAAAUGA